AUGAAGUUAGGUGGAGCUAUUGUAUUACUAUUUAUUAGUGUUUUGUACAUUUCAAAUAGUCUCUUCGUUAGCGCUGAAGAGCCUCUCAGUGAGUCAGAUCUUGAAUUCACCAACAAGGUUUAUUUUGAUAUCAAGCAGAAGGAUAAAGACUUGGGUAGAAUUGUUAUUGGAUUAUAUGGCAAGGUUGUGCCAAAGACUGCUGAGAAUUUCAGACAAUUGUGUAUUUCAGAUGAUCCCAAGUUUGGUUAUAAGAACAGCAUCUUCCAUAGAGUCAUCAAGAAAUUUAUGAUUCAAGGUGGUGAUUUUGUUAAUGGAAAUGGAACGGGAGGAAAAUCAAUCUAUGGAGCUAAAUUCAAGGACGAGAAUUUCAAAUUAAAGCACACUGAACCUGGUUUGUUAUCAAUGGCUAAUGCUGGAAAAAACACCAAUGGCUCUCAGUUUUUCAUUACCACCGUUGUUACCAGUUGGUUAGAUGGCAGGCAUGUUGUAUUUGGUAAGGUCAUUGAGGGAAUGGAUGUCGUAAAGAAGAUCGAGCAGACCAACACCGACUUCAGGGACAGACCAAAAAGUCCCAUUGUGAUUGCUGACUGUGGCGAGAUUGCGAUAGAAGUUGUUGAAGAACCAGCUGGAGAAUCAGCAGAAACACCAGCAGAAACACCAGUUGGAGAGAAAGCAGUGAAGGACGAACUCUAA